AAACAACAUAAGAACUAAUUUCCAAAGAAUUACAUUGCUCUGAAAGUGAUAUUCUAGUUUCACCUCCAUAGUAGCCCAACAUAUUCAAGUUUCAUAAGAGCGGUUUGGGUUCACAGCACACAUAAACAGUGAAAGGAAGAGGGAUCCAACCAACCCUACCACUGGCUAUUGUCUUGAGACACAGCGGGGAAGCUCAGACAAAUCUCUCUUAGUUGCAGGUGGUCAGGCGUAAGCAAAGAGUUAAGUCCCGGGGUCUCUCUGCCCCUCCCCUUUGAUGUUCUGACAUCAUCUAACCCCGCCCCCUGAAAGAUCUCUCUCUCUCUCUCUCUCUCUCUCGGUCAGAUUUGCUUUCCACAAACAACAAGUGUCUGUUCCCUCAGUUCAGUCUCUGUUCUGUUCUACUGUGGAGUGGAAAAGUGGAGAGGAGAGGAGUGGAAUUCACAGGAGCUGCAUGUCCAAGCCUCACAACUAGCUUAAGGACCAAGGGGUUUGGACCAACCCUAUGAGCAAAAAGACGCUGAAAAGACAUAUCUUUGGUUGAAAAGACGUUGAGAAUACAUAUUCUCAACCAUUUCCUGCACACUGGGAAGCUACCCUGGGACUAGUCUCUUGUGACAGUCUGAAAUCGAAUAUCUAAUUUGCUUGUAGUAGGUGCCAACAUUACCCAGGCACAGGACAAGAAGACAUGCUGUGACGAGGAAGAGGCUCUUUAUAUUUUGGAUUAGCAGCAGUAGCCGGGGAGCAGCAGUAGCCGGGAGCAGCAGUAGCCGGGGAGCAGCAGUAGCCGGGGGGCAGCAGUAGCCGGGGAGCAGCAGUAGCCAGGAGCAGCAGUAGCCGGGGAGCAGCAGUAGCCGGGGAGCAGCAGUAGCCGGGGAGCAGCAGUAGCCGAGGAGCAGCAGUAGCCGGGGAGCAGCAGUAGCCGGGAGCAGCAGUAGCCGGGGAGCAGCAGUAGCCGGGGAGCAGCAGUAGCCGGGAGCAGCAGUAGCCGAGGAGCAGCAGUAGCCGGGGAGCAGCAGUAGCCGGGAGCAGCAGUAGCCGGGGAGCAGCAGUAGCCGGGGAGCAGCAGUAGCAGCAGUAGCCGGGGAGCAGCAGUAGCCGGGGAGCAGCAGUAGCCGAGGAGCAGCAGUAGCCGGGGAGCAGCAGUAGCCGGGGAGCAGCAGUAGCCGGGGAGCAGCAGUAGCCGGGAGCAGCAGCAGCGGAUGCUGAGGACGAGGCCACUGAGGCCGCAGUGUUUAGAAACAGAAUUGUAAUGGCUGUUCAAACUGCAAUCAUGAACUCUCCGUUCGUAAACUUCUGUUUCCCUGGGUCGGUCAUGAUGGAGUAUGACAUGGGUCAGAGCCUGGACGGGAGUCCGCUGGAGGAGAGUGAGGAGAGAGGAGAAUACAGGGAAACCACCAGAAGUCUGGACGGGAGUCCGCUGGAGGAGAGUGAGGAGAGAGGAGAAUACAGGGAAACUACCAGGAAUCUGCUCAGCUUCAUAGACUCAGCCUCCAGCAACAUCAAACUGGCUUUGGACAAGCCAGUCAAGUCCAAAAGGAAAGUCAACCACCGCAAGUACCUGCAGAAGCAGAUCAAGAGAUGUACAGGCUUCAUCAGUCCAACAGGGAACCCAGCAGCAGCUCCAGGGGCCAACAAGAGAAAAGUCUCUGGCUUUCCCACCCAGACCCAGCUUCAGACCCAACUUCAGACCCAGCUUCAGACCCAGCCCAGCCCAUUCCAGCAAGGUAAACCCGUCCACAAGCGGGACGGGCUACAGGCCAACCUCCAGACCAAGAGCCUGGCUGCCCUCUUUAACACUGUCAAGGAGCCUGUCAAGGGGGAGAGAGCCAAGAAGCCUCCCCUGAGGCACCGUAACCUUCCCCCAUCCUUUUUCACUGAGCCGGCCAACACGACCACCACCUCUCGAGUCACGUCUACCUCGGGCAUGUUCCUGGGUGAUCUGGAACGGGGAGGGGGGAACCCGGACUUCUUUGACCUGCUGGGGACGGACUACAGUAACAUGCUCAGUGAUCAGGACGUGUUUCAGACUCGCGGCCUGCCCAGUAGGAUCAUCGACCAGGACAUGUUUCAGACUCGGGGCCUGCCCAGUAGGAUCCUCCAGCACCAGCAGACUCAGGACAUAACAGACCAGGUAUCGUCCUACGACCCUCACCAUCUAGUGGGAGGAUUCUUGUAUACAGAGCCUUGGAGUACCUCUUCUCCUUCUAAGAAGGCAGGGGAGGGCGUACGGAUGGGCCCAGGAACACAGACACCCCUGUACUGCCAAUCAGGAGAGGGCGUACGGACGGGCCCAGGAACACAGACACCCCUGUACUGCCAAUCAGGAGAGGGCGUACGGACGGGCCCAGGAACACAGACACCCCUGUACUGCCAAUCAGGAGAGGGCGUACGGACGGGCCCAGGAACACAGACACCCCUGUACUGCCAAUCAGGAGAGGGCGUACGGACGGGCCCAGGAACACAGACACCCCUGUACUGUCACUCUGUGUCUGACUCCUCUGCGACAGGGUCUACAGAGGAUAGUAACUCACUGUGCACUCUGGCCUUUCCCAACUUCUUCCCAGACUGCUCUGUGUCUCAGGUCUCAUAUGGUCUGAGUAGUGGUGGCUACAACACAAAGGGUUUCUCUUCUCUCUGAUAAGACAUCGCUUCCCUGUCUGAGACUACACGUUGAGUAGUUCUGGUCCAAAAUGUUAGUGUGACUUGCGAUUGACCAGAGCUACAGAUUGAGAUACUGUCUAAUCUAAUCGUAUUUUUAACGUACACCUUUUCCAGCAGGUAUAAAAAGUGCAGUGAAAUACUUGUGUGUUAGAGCUCCCUCGACAACGCAGAACAUUUCAUCAAUAAUCAUGUAAUAACAAGUAGUAGAAGUAAGAGACCAGGUAGUAUUGGCAUAUUGAUCAUGUAGGUUGUUACAAAUAUAAAGUGGGUAGUGGAAUUAAUAGUAUAUAAUAAAACAGUAGCAUUGACUGUGUGUGUGUGUGUGUGUGUGUGUGUGUGUGUGUGUGUGUGUGUGUGUGUGUGUGUGUGGACAUGGAGCCACAAGAAGUCCCCACAAGAAUAGUAAACAAACAAAAAGUUGACCAACUCGGGACAUUUUGCUGGUCCCCACAAGGAAAAAUGAUAUUAUUAGGGUUAGGGUUAAGGGGUUAGGUUUAGGAUUAAGGUUACGUUUUGGGGUUAGGUUUAGGGUUAAGGGGUUAGGUUCAGGGUUAAGGGGUUAGGUUUAGGAUUAAGGUUAUGUUUUGGGGUUAGGGUAAGGUUUAGGUUUAGGGUUAGGGGUUAGGGUAAGGUUUAGGGUUGUUAUGUUUUGGG